AUGAUUAUUUCAAAAAUCUUAUUUUCACUUUUAACUCUAUUAACUUUUUCAGUUGCCAAUGUGCUUCCAUUAUCAUAUUCUUAUCAACUGCAAUUACUUGACCAAAAAAAUUCAAAUGCAAAUUCAAAAUAUUUCAAUUUACUAAACUAUUUCAACAACGAUUACAACUCCAUCAAAAUCAGCCAAAUCCCAAUCAAGUCUCAAAAAUUCAUCCCAAACCAAAUCUCAAGAGACGACCGGGAAUCCUGGAUUCAAGAACAGAAAACUGUUUCUUUCAGAAACAUUUUAAACAACAUUGGUGGUUCUUUAACUAAUAUCUCCAAUCCGGAAAAUAAUGGUGUUUCUGUUGGUGCUGUUAUUGCUUCUCCCUCAAAGGUUCAUCCUGACUACUUUUACCAAUGGACAAGAGACGCCGCAAUCACAAUGCUAACCAUCUGUGACUAUCUCCAAGAUGACAACUUUCAGAACAUCUCUCUUAUUGAUCUAAUGGAAUCAUACAUCGACAACAACUACUACCUACAAAGACUAUCCAAUCCUUCAGGUGAUUUUGAUGAUUUAUCAGGUCUCGGUGAAGCAAAAUUCCACGUUAAUAACACUGCUUUCAUGGAACAUUGGGGCAGACCACAGAGAGAUGGUCCAGCUUUAAGAGCCAUCACCACUAUCAAAUAUAUCGAUCUCUUGAACAAAUUCAAUAAUGGUGAAAUUAAAACUGACGACAAAAUAUUCAACAGCACUGCUGACAUUUACAAUUUGAUCAUAAAACCAGAUUUGGAAUAUGUUGCCAAGUAUUGGAAUAAAAAAAGCUUUGAUUUAUGGGAAGAAAUCGACAGCUUCCAUUUUUUUACCUCAAUGGUUCAACUAAGAUCAUUAUACUCCGGUGCUCAAUUAGCUCUAAAAUUCAACGACAACCAGUUUUACUACUAUUUAAUGGAAAAUGCAAGAUCAUUAAAUGACUUUGUUGUUUUCAAAUCCGGAUACAAACAACCAUCAUUGGACCAUCUAGUCGAAACUCCUUCAUUAUACUUGUCAAAUCAUAGAAGUGGUUUAGAUUCUGCCAUCAUUAUUGCUUCAAUUUUGACUCAUGAUUUCGAUCUCGAUGUUAACCACUUGAUUCCAUUCGACAUCAACGACCCAUUGAUCCUUGGUACCUUGUAUGCUUUGAUCUCUGAUAUGAAGUAUCGUUAUGCCAUCAAUCAUAACCUGAUCAGCUUAAAUCUCGGUGUUGGAAUCGGUAGAUAUCCAGAAGAUAUUUAUGAUGGUACAGGAUUUGCAGAGGGCAACCCAUGGUUCUUAUCCACCUCAUAUGCUGCAGAGCUAUUUUAUAAGAUUGUUUACUCCUUUUUUAAUAACGCAGAGGACCUAAGAAUCAACCCAGCCAAUUUCAAAUUCUACAAAGAAAACAUUAUUAAUUUUAAUCAAGAAUCAAUUGAAAACGACAUUAUUUUACCAUUCAAAUCAAGUGCUUUUAAUGCAACAGUCUCCAAUUUGCUUUCCUACGCAGAUUCAUUUUUGGACGUCGUUCAUUCCCAUGUUUCUGAUGAAGGUUCAAUUAGCGAACAGUUUGAUAGAUACAGUGGAUAUAUGAAAGGUGCUUCUGAUUUGACAUGGAGCUAUGGAUCUCUUUGGAAUGCAUUUAGAUGGAGAGAAAAAGUUUUAGUUUUAUUUUAA